AUGAUCUCUUCAUCCACCAUCUCUAAGCAACCACAUCUUGAAACCAUUGAUCCAAACAACAUUUGGCUCAUCAAGAAUUUAUUCUCCACAGAAGAAUGUUCGAAACUUUUGAAAGAAAGUGAAGAAAUUGGUUAUGGAGAAGCCCCAAUUUCAACAGGUCCUACUUCAUCUACCAUGAUGAAAGAUGUUAGAAAUAACUCUCGUGCCAUGAUUGAUAAAAAGCAAUAUUCUGACAUGCUUUACAAAAAAUUAGAGAAAUACCUGCCACAGAAUGUGUCAUCACUCAAAGUAGGUCCACAAGAUGGUUUUAAAUUGUGUGGUCUCAAUGAAAGAAUUCGUUUCUACAAGUAUGCAGCUGGAGAAUAUUUUGCUCCUCAUUAUGAUGGUUGUUUUCAGAGACCAACUCUUAAUGUGGAAAUUAAUGGAAAGAAAAUGAAAGUUGUGGAAAGAUCUUUCAUUACAGUUCUCUUAUAUUUGAAUGAUGUGGAGAGUGGAGGUGAAACUAACUUUCUCAAUUCGAGAUGUGAAAUAACUCAUAGUGUGAAACCACAAGCAGGUCAAGUCUUGAUGUUUGUUCAUUCGAAUUAUCAUGAAGGAAGUGUGUUGAGUGAUCCAAAUGAAUUUAAAUAUGUCAUGAGAACAGAUGUCAUGUAUCGUAAAGAAAAAUAAACCUCUCCUCAUGUAAAUGU